AUGCUGCACUUCCGCGGAACUAUAGGCUUUCGCAAAACCCUAGGGAUCCGUAGAACCCUAACCCACGAUGCACCUUCGUCUUCGUCGGCAUCUCGUCUGCCCUCAGCUUCUGCCAGCGCAACCCUAAAACCCUCAACGGCCCCUAAAGCGGCUUCAUUGCCACAAAUUCUUCGAAAUUUGCCUAGGUUAUUCCCCAGAUCAAUGACCGAUUCCAUCCGUGAUUAUUCCCAAUUUAAGACAAACCCGGAAUUUUUCCAGGACCGAUUAUUGAGCCAAUUAAGUUUUUAUCCGUCGCUAUAUAACAAUAAUAGUAAUGACACCAGUGGCAAUGAUGAUCCCCGCCAAGGGCAAAUCAUUAAAACUUAUGUUAAUGAAAAUGAAUAUAUCAAUGAAUUUCAAAUCUUACCAAACACUUCAACACCGUAUGAUCGAUUGAAACAUCUAAUCUUGAUUCAUGGGUAUGGUGCAGGUCUUGGAUUUUAUAUCAAUACGCUACAGCAUUUAUCAAUGGAUAAUUGGUGUAUUCAUGCUGUAGACUUACCAGGGUACGGAUUCUCCUCACGACUUAAAUUCCCCUAUGGAACUAUAAACCCACGAAUAUACUCGAAAAAAGAUGUCUUGGAUUGGUUCCAAAAACGUCUUAAAACUUGGUUCCAUAAAAAGGGGUUACUUGCCCACCCAGAAAAUAAUCUAGUCACAGCUCAUUCCAUGGGCGCUUAUAUCAUGUGCCAUUACUUGAACAACCAUCCUUCGGAUUUCCGAAAGAUUAUCAUGUGUUCUCCAGCAGGCUUUUAUCCCGCCAGUAACCCGCUGACCAAUAUUCCCCUUUGGUACACGUACUUGUGGGAUCGUAAUUAUUCACCAUUUUCCUUGGUUCGAAUCUCGGGCCCCCUCGGAUCUAAAUUGACUAGUGGUUGGUCGUAUUCUCGGUUUUUCCAUUCAAAUCAAACAAUCUCUAAUGAAUUAAGCUUGGCUUUACAUACUUAUGCUUAUUCCAUUUUCAAUUUACCUGGAUCCGGAGAGUAUUCCCUAAGCCACAUUCUUAAAGCCGGCGGAGAUCCUCGUACGCCUUUACAAGAAGAAUUCUUUACAUGUCAAUCUACAACAAACAAUGGAAUUCGCAGAAGCAAUGUGGAAUAUUCUUGGCUUUACGGUCAAUCCGAUUGGAUCAAUAAAACUGGUGGGUUCAAGAUUUCCCAGUUUUUAAACUCUUUGAAUAAGAAAUCAAACGUCUUCAUUGCUCCAAACUCCGGCCAUCACUUAUACUUCGAUAAUUAUAUGUGGUUCAAUUCCUACUUAGCUAAAGAAAUGACUCUGUUCAACUGA